GCGGCGGCGGCGGCAGCAGAGCAGAAGGGAACCGGACCGGAAGGGUCGCAGCGCCCCGCGCCCCUCACACCCACUGCGGCGGCGACGGGGCGGAGCAGAGUGGGGCGGGGCGGCCAGGUCCGGGCCGCGGAGCUGAGAACCGCCAGAACGCAUCGCCGCCAGUGCGCCCUCCCUCUGCCUCCGGCGCGGCGGCGCGGAGCCGAGGGGUCUGACGAAGGUGCAAGCUCUUGGGAGUGCUGUAUGAUACUGCAUCAUGAGUGACAGUAAAGGCGAUGGUCAGUUUUACAGUGUGCAAGUGGCGGACUCAACUUUCACUGUUCUAAAACGUUACCAGCAACUGAAACCAAUCGGGUCUGGAGCCCAAGGAAUUGUCUGUGCUGCUUUUGAUACAGUUCUUGGGAUAAAUGUUGCUGUCAAGAAGUUAAGCCGUCCUUUUCAAAACCAAACACACGCAAAGAGAGCCUAUCGUGAACUUGUCCUCUUAAAGUGUGUCAACCAUAAAAAUAUAAUUAGCUUGUUAAAUGUGUUCACACCACAAAAAACUCUAGAAGAAUUUCAAGAUGUGUACUUGGUUAUGGAAUUAAUGGAUGCUAACUUAUGUCAGGUUAUUCAUAUGGAGCUGGACCAUGAAAGAAUGUCAUACCUUCUCUACCAGAUGCUCUGUGGCAUUAAGCAUCUGCAUUCAGCUGGUAUAAUUCACAGAGAUUUGAAGCCUAGCAACAUUGUAGUAAAAUCCGACUGUACCCUCAAGAUUCUUGACUUUGGCCUGGCACGGACCGCCUGUACCAACUUCAUGAUGACCCCCUAUGUGGUGACUCGCUACUACCGGGCCCCAGAGGUCAUCCUGGGCAUGGGCUACAAGGAGAACGUUGAUAUCUGGUCAGUGGGUUGCAUCAUGGGAGAGCUGGUGAAAGGUUGUGUGAUAUUCCAAGGCACUGACCAUAUUGAUCAAUGGAAUAAAGUUAUUGAACAGCUAGGAACACCAUCCGCAGAGUUCAUGAAGAAACUUCAGCCAACAGUGAGGAAUUAUGUGGAAAACAGACCAAAGUACCCUGGAAUCAAAUUUGAAGAGCUCUUUCCAGAUUGGAUAUUUCCAUCAGAAUCUGAGCGAGACAAAAUUAAAACAAGUCAAGCUAGAGAUCUGUUAUCGAAAAUGUUAGUGAUUGAUCCAGACAAGCGGAUCUCUGUGGACGAAGCCUUGCGUCACCCGUAUAUCACUGUUUGGUAUGACCCCGCUGAAGCAGAAGCACCACCACCGCAAAUUUAUGAUGCCCAGUUGGAAGAAAGAGAGCAUGCAAUUGAAGAGUGGAAAGAACUAAUUUACAAAGAAGUGAUGGACUGGGAAGAAAGAAGCAAGAAUGGAGUAAAGGACCAGCCUUCAGAUGCAGCAGUAAGUAGCAAGGCCACUCCUUCUCAGUCGUCAUCCAUCAACGACAUCUCAUCCAUGUCCACUGAGCACACCCUGGCCUCAGACACAGACAGCAGUCUCGAUGCCUCAACAGGACCCCUUGAAGGCUGCCGAUGAUACGUCGGAGACGGCACCCUUGUCUGUGAAGGAGCUCUCACUCUCAUGGCCCCGAAGCACAUGGGAGUUGAUGGAACCAAAUCGAAAAACUCCAUGUUCUGCAUGUAAGAAACACGAUGCCUUGCCCCUGCUCAGUUCCAGUAGGAUUGCCUGCUUAGACUAUAAAAUGAGGCAGACUAUGUCUGAAGAAAAAGUGCAAACCACACUGUUAGAAAUUUUGUUCAAGAUCAUUUCAGGUGAGCAAUUAGAAUAGCUGAGUUUCUUUUCCAAGUUGUGUGGUGUCCGUGGUGACAGCUCAUGUGUAACCGUGGGGACUCGUAUGCAUGUGACCACAAAUGCUUGCUUGAACUUCCCAUGUAGCACUUUGGAAAUCAGUAUUUAAAUGCCAAAUAAUCUUCCAGGUAGUUCUGCUUCUUGAAUAAUCCCUUAAUCCUCAUUAGUAAUUUGGUGUCUGUCCACAAAAAAAUAGAUUUAUGUGUAUUAAUUGGCCACCCUCAUAUUAUCAUAUCUUACCCACUUUUAUGGUAUGAUUUAUUCUAUCUUUUGUAUUUCAGAAGAAAUAUAAUUAAAUUUAUUUAAUAAAUAAAAAUACAGCUUUUCUUAAAUUUGUGAUGUUUUGGGCUGAGAACUACCACUGCUAAAACCAAGUUCUUUAUAUAGACACUCUGUGUCCUUUAAACUGCCCAGUGUGGGAUACUUUACAUACAGCUUUCUGCAUGACAGAGUUUCCAGUUGUAUUCUGUGCUGCUUAAGACAUACAUCACCUUGAGUCCUGCCCACACAUCUCCUUUUUCUUGGUCCUCCAAAAACCUGAAUUUAGAAACUCCCUUAGAAUUCACUUUCUUUAUCACAAAGCACGCCAACUCAAUAGAAUGCUGGUGGCAGGGACUCCUGAGCCCACCGCCUGAGGUUGGCGUAGAGCUGACAGAGUGGCCUCCCCAGAAUGGUGCUUCCUUCCCUGAACUUGCCCAUCCCUUGCUCCCUUCUCUUUAUUCAAAGUGAAAGGUGAUUGGGUUCACGCCUUCCCUUCUGCAGCAUUACCUCCUGUCUUAUCUUUCUCACUGACAGAAGCCACGUCCAACCAGAGCACAUGAUCUCGUAGGAGGCCGGGCUCACUAUGUCUGUUUGCUGCUGUCAUUUUCCAUUUAGCGGAGGCAUUUCCUUUUCCUAAGGGAAAUUCACGAAUGUUCUGGAAACAUUCUUCAGAAGAAUACAGAAGAAAUAUUCUAGAGAGUAGCGAUUCAUUCUUGAAUAUUUUCUGAUUUAAAACUGCUCACCUGAAAUUGAUGCUUUCAGAUCCUGAUCUGUAAAUUACUCAAGAUUUAGUAAGAUGCUGAGUUCUCUGUGUUGUUGCAGAAAUGGAGUUGGGAUGGUCUUACCUUGGCUACUUGCGCUCAGAGCAUUUUCUCCCUUGAGCUUAUUUUGUUAACAAUUCAUACCUUGUGUUCAGUUACUUUGGGAGCUAUGGAGUGUGUUCUAGGAGGAUAUUUGGUAAGAACUUUUUAUGAAGAGCACCAUCUGAUACAUGAUUCUGUCUGCACCAGUCAUAUCCUGAUGGUUGGUCUGAUCACUGGACCCUUUAAUGAACAAGAAUGACACUUUCAGGUCCACAGUGGGAAUGCCAGUGCAGGUGGAGGCAGGGAGGCUCGUUUAUGGUUUCAGGUUAGCGGCCCUGGAAGCCUGAAGUCACAGGCCUGAACAUUCCCACUGUGCAUCUUGUCAGCAUCGCACAGUGCUCUUCCCUCUGAUGCAUAUUCUUCUAAAUGACUUCACUGACACUGCCCUUGAGAGGGAAGUACAGAAAGGGAGCUUUUAAGCUGCAUUGUUUGCCCUGCACUGUAGGGCAAGCAUGCUAUGAUAGAGGCUUACCCCAGUCCCACUGACAGGAGACACCAGUGAGUGGAGCCCUGCUGUCCUCCAAGAGUGGCUUCUCUCGCCCCUUAUCUGCAUAUCCAGUGAGCCUGUUGUGGAUGGAGCCUGUGCUGGUGUGGACAGGGUCUUCUGCCAAGACCCUCAUCCAUCAGGCAGGUGCACCUGUGACAGCCACAGAGCUCCACAGAAUUACCUCACCCCAGUUUCAGGGUCCUCCCUCCUGAGCCUAGAUUUGCCAGGGUCCUGGGACAAUGCAAAUGGUUUCGAACUGACCUCUGUAGGCAAAUGCCGAUGUUGGAUGAAGAACUGAAAAAUGUGCUCAACUUUUUCAUCUUUUCUAUUUUAUUUUUGUAAUUUAUAUUGUACACACCCUGGAAGACACUAUUUUGGACAUGUAUUUUUAUAAACCAGGUAAUUGAUGAUUAUCUGGAAUUUGCACUGUUAGUUUUUGUUGUUGUUGUUGUUGGCUUAGUUUUCAGCCAAAAGUGGAAUGACUACCCCUUCCAGGUCUGGGUUUCCAUUUCAAGCGCAGGUCUGGAGGACAGACAUGUCCAGCCAGGGUAGGAGAGCAGCCUCAGAAUAUAGGCUGCAUAGUGCCUCAAGCACUGGGCCUGCAGUCAGAACCAGGCUGGGCUCUGGCUCUUAUCUUUAGAAUACAAAGACCAGAGCCCUGGUGUUCGAAGGAGAAAGCCCUCCAAAGGGCCUUGCUGACCGCUGGGCCUGCAUCUAAAGCAAGAACGCAACACUGGUUUCAUCUGGGCUGAGUGGUGCGUGAGUCGUGGUAAUGGUGUAUGAGUUUGUCUGCUUAGUUCUGAUGUGACUCCUCUGGUUCUCAUGCUGGUAAUAUGUACAGGCGCCACCUUUCAGAUUGCCUAUCUCAAAAGUAACAUUGCUUAUGUUUUAUAAUAAAAUAUAUUGUGUGUGUUUUGAUUGGUGGAAAAUAAUACAAACUACAUUUUAAAAGAGAAAUGUACAGCAUGUCCAAUUCCUGUGUGUUCUAAAGUGACAAUUGACUGACUGUAUCUUUCCACAUCACCAUUUUGAUUACAAACUUAACACGAA